GUUUUUCACAUCGCCACAAAACAAUUAAAAAAUUCCUCACAAAUUUUUUCUUUCCUUGUUCGUGGCCUUAGCCAUUGUUGAGUUGCAGAGUGUCUUCUUCUUCUUCAUCUUCUUCACUCACCAUGGAAACCAAUGAGAACCAAGUGCGGUCACUGUUCGAGUCGAACAACAACACCACCAACACCAACACCGUCACGGCGGCGAACGGCUUGUUCGGGAACAGUGAUGAUGGGUCCCACUCUCAACCUAAUUCUGCGCCGGAGAAGAAGAAGCGAGGCCGCCCGAGGAAGUACCAGUCCCCUGAGGAAGCUCUCGCCGCUAGGAAAGCUGCCGCCGCCGCUGCUUCUGCUGCUGCUGCUGCGUCCUCGUAUCAACCUCCCAUCCACACCAAGAAACCCCGCUCCUUUGAUCUAGGCAAUGCAGGACAGAGCUUCACUCCGCACAUUGUUCCUGUUGCUGAUGGCGAGGACGUUGGCCAAAAAAUUAUGUUGUUCAUCCAACAAAGUGGGCGUGAGAUGUGCGUUCUGUCUGCAUCUGGUUCCAUCUCUAAUCCAACUCUUCGUCAGCCAGCAACUUCAGGAGGCAAUAUUUCUUAUGAGGGUCAGUUUCACAUUAUAUCACUUACUGGUUCCUAUGUCCGUAAUGAAGUUGGAGGUCGGAGUGGUGGUCUCAGUGUAUGCUUAUCUAAUUCAGAUGGGCAGCUCGUAGGUGGAAGCAUUGCUGGACCCCUUAAAGCUGCUGGUCCAGUUCAGGUCAUUGUUGGUACAUUUGUUAUUGACCCCAUUAAGGACACUAGUGCUGGAAUAAAAGGUGAUGUUUCUACCAGCAAGUUACCACCACCAGUUGAACCAGCGUCAAAUUUAGGUUUCCGCCCGGCAGUUGACUCUUCUGGUGGGAAUACAUUCCGGGGAAAUGAGGAGCAUCAAGCUAUUGGGGGAAAUCAUUUCAUGUUUCAGCAAUCCCAUCCUGUGGACUGGGGAAGUCCAGAUUCAAGAAAUGUUGGCUUUGAACUGUCAGGAAGAACAGGUCAUGGAGCACACCAGUCUCCUGAGAAUGGGGACUAUGAUCAACUCACUGAUUGAGAUGGCUUGUGUUAUGAAAAGGUUAAUCCGUGCUAGAUAGAUUAAUGCUAUCUCUAGGUUGAAAGAAAAGACUAAUGGCAUGUAUAUUUAUACCUUUUGAAGUUUUGAGAUUUCUGAAUGUUCUUAACUCUAUUUCGUCUUUUAUAUGUUAGAUGAUUGUUAGGAUGAGUUUUUGGGAGAAUUUAGCAUUUCUAUAGUUUGCUAUGAUUUCUGAGUUGUUCUGCUUCA